GAUGAUGCAUGACACCGUGAAGAAGGAUAUUAAGAAGAUAUGCUGCAUCGGCGCGGGAUAUGUCGGCGGGCCGACAUGCAGCGUGAUUGCGCACAAAUGCCCCGACAUCACCGUCACUGUUGUUGACCUGAGUCAGCAGAGAAUCGACCAGUGGAACUCUGACAAACUUCCCAUAUUCGAGGUGAUUCCUGCAACGCUGGUAAAAAAUAUUGUUGUCAUAGCUUACACAACGAAGCUCAAUCAAAGGUUCCAGCUGCCACAUAGGAGGGGCAACUAUAAUAGCAAGGGUGAAUCAAAACGAACUUUGUUUUUGUUCACCCUUGAUAAUAUUAGGUUGAAAGGGGUUGAUUACAUGAUGCAGGGCCGGGCGCCGGACCUGAAGUAUAUUGAGGCGGCGGCGCGUAGCAUCGCCGACGUCGUCACGCAGGGCAGCAAGAUCAUCGUGGAGAAGAGCACCGUGCCCGUGCGUGCCGCCGAGUCCAUCUCUAACAUCCUACAUGCAAACACACGACACGGCGUCAGCUUCCAGAUUCUGUCGAAUCCAGAGUUUCUCGCCGAGGGCACGGCGGUGAACGACCUCAUGAAGCCCGACCGCGUGCUGAUUGGUGGAGAGACGACGGCGGACGGCCGGGCGGCGGUCAACGCCCUGGCGCGCGUCUACGAGCACUGGAUCCCGCAGGAACGAAUCAUCAAGACGAACACGUGGUCGUCGGAGCUGUCCAAGCUCGCGGCGAACGCGUUUCUCGCGCAACGCAUCUCGAGCAUCAACGCGAUGUCGGUCGUCUGCGAGGCGACGGGAGCAGACGUCAGCGAGGUCGCUCACGCCAUCGGCAUGGACAGCAGGAUCGGACCCAAGUUCCUGCAGGCGUCCGUAGGUUUUGGAGGCAGCUGCUUUCAGAAGGAUGUGCUCAAUCUCGUGUACCUGUGUGAAUCUCUGAACCUGCCGGAGGUGGCUGUCUACUGGCAACAGGUGAUCGACAUGAACGACUACCAGCGGCGGAGGUUCGCGAACCGCAUCAUCGAAGGUCUGUUCAAUACCGUCACCGACAAGAAGAUCGCGGUUCUAGGAUUUGCGUUCAAGAAGAACACGGCCGACACUAGGGAAUCUGCUAGCAUAUACGUUUGUAAGUACCUGAUGGAGGAGGGAGCGAGACUGCACAUAUACGACCCCAAGGUGGAGGCCAACCAAAUCAUGUACGACCUGAAGCAUCCCUGCAUCACGACGGAGCCGGAGACGGUGGACAAGCUAGUGAGGCUGUACGACGAUCCGUACGCGGCCUGCUCCGAGUGCCACGCCGUCGUCGUCUGCACCGAGUGGGAUCAGUUUGUGACGCUCGACUACCAGCGCAUCUACGACAAGAUGCUGAAGCCUGCGUUCAUCUUCGAUGGCCGCAUGCUGCUCGACUGCACGCGCCUCCAGGAGAUCGGCUUCCACGUCGAGACGAUCGGACGCCGCGUCAACCGCCCCGCCGCCGUCAACCGUCUGCCCGCGCAGGGCAGCGCGGGCGGCGUGUAGCGCCCCCUGGCGAGGUCCCGCGUCUCUAGUCGGCCGUUCGUCGGCGCGGGUUUGUUUUUAGCGGAGGGUCGGACGGAGCGAGCGCAAUCGUGGGAGGUUAGCGAUCGGCGUUGGAUUCGUCCCCGAGCGAAGCCGCGCUCUCGCAGAGCGGUUGUUGUUUUUAUUGUUGUGACGUUGGCGGUUUCCUGUGCAGCGAGUAUUAUUUCGGGCAAGUCGUGCGGAGUGGACGAAGACGGAGGAGGUGUCUCCCGAUUCGUCUAGCGGCCCAAUCUGCUGCCGGUGCUGUGCAGGUUUGUUGAAUUACUAGACCAAUUAUAAAAAAACGUGUCGUAAAAUGUAAUAAGGUGCGUAAAUCGUUCAGCGUAAAUCGGUGUUCGGCACCUGCCUAGUGCAUUUUAUUAGUAUUUAUUUUUGUGCAAAUACAGAAGCUUGUCACGGCGGCCGCCAGGUGGCAGUGGUGUCCUGCAAAGUCGCACGCUACAGUAGUAGGUUGUGUAAGGUGACAGGCAGGGGCUAGGGUUAAUAUAAGUCGUCAACAUUUUAAACUGCUUGAAUCAAUGUUCUUCCUCUUAAUGUCGAGAGUCAUAAAAAUUAUGUCCGGUCUAUAUAAAAUGAUCAUGUCAUUCAUCACCAGGAAGCUUGGCUUGUCAAUUAAUAUGGCUGCAAAUGCGUCGGCAUUUAUUCUCGGAGUGUGAAUCUGCUGCUGACAACUACGGAAGAAUUUCCAUGUCGCGGCGGUUACGCGGACCACGGCCGACGGGCCGGGGCUUCCUGGGCGAACGAAGGAAUAGAAGCAGACGAAGCAAAUUUGUUUUCGUUGAGAAAUGGGGGAGUUUUUCUGAAUGCCUCGUAGUUUUCAGCUGCCCAGCGGUUAGCACCUGCGUUCCUGAGGUAUUUGGAAAGCAGUACUUCCUAUCUUUGCCCGUUGAAGAAUCUGUCGAUAAGAGAUGAUAAAGAAAAUUGAAUUGUAAAGUAAAUACGGAUUUAACCGCUCGAAGUCACGGCGACCUUGACGGAUGUCUGAUUGUGCAGGGUGAAACAUGAUUGUUGAGUCUAUUCCCAGCUUGUGUACAGAGCGCUAUCAAAUGUGGGUUUUUACGCGGACGCGUCUUUCUAUUGCGUAUGCCUGAUAUUUAUUAUUUUAUUGCGACAAUAAAUAUGGUAUGGAGAAAUUCCCCGGCACUGGAUAGCGCAGCAUGCGUUAUCUGCGUGGGUGAUUGUACGAAAAUCAUGUUUAUAUAGCGUUAAGCCCGGCGCACACGUGAGUUAUUUUACUCAAGUAAAAUGACGCAUGAGUCAAAUUACUCAACGAAAAUCCG